AUGCAAAUAACGUUCAGCUCCCAGCAUCCCAUGAAGAGCCCAACGGCUAUUUAUACACAAUGUGUUCAUCGGCGGAAUCUCCUGACCCUCGCGAUCGAAACGUCAUGCGAUGAUACCAGCGUCGCUGUGUUGGAGAAGCAUAAGGAUAAUUCUGCGACGCUCUACUUUAAUUCGAAGGUUACAUCCGACAAUCGAACAUACAAAGGAGUCCAUCCAGUAAUUGCCCAUGAAUCUCACCAACAGAACCUUGCCAAACUCGUAGAUGAGGCGCUCCGAAGCCUCCCAAUUCAACCGUCGGCAACAGCACAUAUGGGCAAUGCUUUGCUGAUCAGAAGCCCAACGGGAACGGAAGUUCGAAAGAAGCCGGAUUUUGUCACUGCUACAAGAGGGCCUGGGAUGCGAGCGAACCUCAUAACCGGGAUCGAUACAGCGAAGGGAUUAGCAGUAGCAUGGCAGGUGCCAUUCUUGGGGGUAAACCACAUGCAGGCACAUGCAUUGACACCCCGAUUGGUAUCUGCACUGGAUGCUGCUAGGGCAGAGAAAAUUGGUAGUUUAAACAAUAAUGGCACUACACCCGCUUUCCCAUUUCUCUCCCUCCUUGUUUCUGGUGGUCACACGAUGCUCGUUCAUUCUAAAGGGCUUUGUGAUCACGAGAUUCUUGCCCAAACUACGGAUCUCGCAAUUGGAGACAUGAUUGACAAAUGUGCACGAGAUAUUCUACCUUCUGAAAUCCUCAAAUCCGCCCGGAGUGUCAUGUAUGGGCCCGCUCUCGAGCAUUACGCUUUCCCGGAUGCAAGUAUCUCAAUCAGCGAUUAUGGCUACAAACCACCUAGCCAGCGAGCUAAGGUGCCCACUAUGCCGACGAAGGCAAGAAAAUCCCUCGAACAGUACGACUGGUUUGUAACUCCUUCUCUUACAGCGCCUGGGCCAGGAGUUACUCUCAAAGACCUCGCUGCCAUGUUUUCCUUCUCUGGAAUCGGUAGUUCCGUGAAAAGCAUCAUAACAAAGAAUCCCGAAAUGGAUGACACUGAGCGACGAGCUCUUGCGCGGGAAGCUAUGCGGGUUGCAUUCGAGCACCUAGGUUCCAGAGUGAUGAUGGCUCUCCAAGACUUAAGUUCGAAAGCCAUGGAUGUGGAGACCCUCGUAGUCUCCGGUGGUGUGGCCAGCAAUCAGUAUCUCAAGCAUAUACUACGGGCGAUGUUGGAUUCAACUGGGCGGGAAAAUAUGAGAUUGGUGUUCCCGCCUCCUGAGCUCUGUACAGAUAACGCUGCAAUGAUUGCCUGGACUGGCAUUGAGAUGUGGGAAGCUGGAUAUAGGACUGAGUUGGAUGCCAUGGCAAUGAAGAAAUGGGCUAUUGAUCCAAAAUCCGAAUCCGGAGGAAUCCUCGGUGUUAGUGGAUGGAAGAAGAUCAAUUCUGAUGACUGAUGCCUCACGCAUUGUCCCUGUCUGCGUCUUAAUCAACAGGCUUCGGUAUAUAUGUCAGAUUGUUAGAUGGUUUGAACUAUCAAUUUCGGCACAUACCUAGGCAUCCAUCAACUGCUCAAGCAUAUGCGCUUGAUUCUAUGUCGGAUGAUGGGAGCCAACAUAUUUCAACAAAACUUCGGCGCUAGGCAACAUGCUUAUCCUCCCUAUACAAAGAUACCCAGUGGUUAUUCAUUUCAAACCUGGCAAUAUGCAACAGAUCUGGUUGAAUAGUGGCAAUCAAACAUUGACUGGUUUAUUCUAUUUAUUCCUGCUUGACUUGCCCGUGUGAUGAUCCUAAUUAUCUAG